ACAAUUUUGACUACAAUAGUAUACGUGUUGUUACGGCCUAAAUGUUAGUUUUAUGUUGAAUUUAUUGUUUAGUUUCAUUUGUGGUAAUUUUGUUAAGAUUCCGGAAAAUACGGUUAUCGGUUUUAGUAUAGACGAAUAUUAUGGGAUAGCGUUAUCCAAGCGCAGCACAUGUUUUGAGUAUGAGAAGAUUCGUUCGGACUAUCGUAGGAUACGAUACGUCAAUCUAUCUACGUAGAACUAUCACUGAGUCAAUACACCUGUACUAUACUUGUAUGUAGUUGAUGUCAAAGAUAAUAAACACAGAUGAAGCAAUGAAGAUGGAAUUGACCUCAUUUAUUUACGAUAGCCAGAGCGAUUUCGAGGCGUACUCGACGCCUACAUUCAUUGACGUAUCAUCCCAGAUGUAAGAGGUAUGAUCUUCAAGCUUUUAAGUGAUACAGAUCUGGAACAAGAUGGCUACUAGAGACAGAGAAGCUGUAGAAGGUUACAUGUAUGACUUAAAUUCAGAUUCUGGACGGGCCAGAAAAUUUAGUGAGAAAGGCAUGCAGUACAAUAUGGAACAGCUUGACAAAAAAUACAAGUCUCUAUGUAGGUCAGAAAGAUAUUUAAAAGAAAUAACCACUGAAGAUGACGAACCUUUGGAUAUUGUGCGUAAAAAAUACAGUAUGUGGAUGAGUGAGUUCGAAAAAUAUUUGGAACUGUAUGACAUUUUGCUGCCCCAAGUCUCUUCCCAUGAGCAUGAUGAGUUUGCUCAAAGGUUCAAUGAGAAUUAUGGUUCUGCGAAAGAAUUCAAAAGUUGGAUUGAGAACUACAUUUCUUCGCGGAGUGCUAUGACAUUGAGUAAGAACACUUUAUCUGUAACCAAAGAGUUGAGUGUGGCUGGCAAGAAAAUAGACCAAGGCAUUAUAAAGAAAACUGAUCCAGAAGCCGAUGAUAAUGUAUCCGUUUCCAGUACUGCCAGUUCAUACGCGUCUCUGAAACGUAUCAAAGAAGAACAGGUUAGGGUAGAAUUAGAGACAAGGAAACUAGCGUUAUCAAGGAAACAUGAAAUUGAGUUAGCUAAGUUGUCGCUAAAGCUCAAAGAGGAAGAGCUGGAACUUGAUACCGGUAUAGCUGUCGCUCAAGCGAGCAGCGGAGUACUCGACAAGUAUGACUCAAAUGAAAAUCUUAAUGCUUCAGUUGACCAGGCUCUUGCGUUCGAGCAACCGCGAUUUACCUCCCCUAAGCUGCGACCAUUGCCUGUACGAUUUACAGAUGAAAGUGUUUGUGCAAGUCCCCCUCCAGUCCUAUAUGAUAGACCUAGACCGCAUAUGACUGGUGUAGCAGAAGUGUCAUCGAGAACACUACCUGAACAAUAUGUUGAUUCGUCCCAUUCACAAACCGUAGUUCAGUCGGUAGUUCAACAUUUAAGAAAACCUGUGGCAGAGGUAAAGAAGUUUAGUGGAGAUCCUCUAGAAUAUCGCAGAUUUAUUCGUCAAUUUAACUCGAAGGUUGUAGUCAACACUGACGAUGAAAGGAUGAACUACUUUGAACAAUUUACAUUCGGAGAUGCACAUAAAGUGGUGUCAGGAUUCAGCCAUCUUAACGGCGACAAGGCUUAUAAGGCAGCCAUGAGUCAGCUGGAGGAUCGCUAUGGCGAUGAGGAAGUUCUAGCGACAGCUUUCAUCAAGAAAGCAUUAGACUGGACCACCAUUCGUCCUGGAGACCCGAAGGCACUCGAUGACUUCUCUUUGUUUCUUGUAGAGUGUGAUAAUGCAGUUGGCACAGAAUCAAAUGGCGUUCUUGACUACUCGGACAAUAUUAAGAAAUUAAUGCUCAAACUACCCUUCUAUCUGCAUGAUAAAUGGAGGAACCAAGUAUACAAGUACAAGGAAGCAAAGAGGAAGGUUCGGUUCCAAGACUUGAUGAAGUUUGUGAAGGCAGAGGCUAAGAAAGUCAACGACCCUACGUAUGGAAGUAAUGCCACUGGGAAUUCAAGACCAAAGACUCGGACAAAGAUUGCACGUUCCAGCAAUGCAGUUCCAGAGAUUGUUACAGAUUCUAUACCUAAGAGCACCAGUGAGACCGUACCUCCUCCAGCCCCGAAUUAUAAGUGUUUCUUCUGUGACUCUACUUCCCAUUCUCUGGAUUCUUGCAAAAAGAUAACUGCCAAACCUAUGAACGAAAGAGUCAACUUCAUUAAAGAAAAGGGAUUAUGCUUUGGCUGUCUCAAGAAAGGCCACUUGUCGAAGAGAUGCCGUAAUCGUUCCAAGUGCGGCAUAUGCAAAAAAAGUCAUCCAUCUAUCUUACACAACGAAGAAAGCUCGUCAUUUGUUAGUGUAUCGAAUGCCAGUACUGGUUAUGCUAUCGCAAAAGAAGAUCAAAAGGGGGAUGUGUCUUGUGCUAUGGCGAUAGUCCCAGUUAGAAUUCGCUUGCGUGAUAAACCUCAUAGUAUAGAGACAUACGCAUUCUUGGAUACAGGUAGUAGUGCUUCGUUUUGCACCGAGACAGUUAUGAAACAGCUUGGAGCUAGAGGUAAGAAGACACAGCUUACACUGAGUACAAUGGGUGAGCCAUUUAUCAUGAACACAUUUUCCAUCAGUGGACUGCAAGUAAGUGACAUUGACUCGGAAAAUGCUAUUGAUCUUCCGCGAGUGUUCACGAAGGAGAAAAUGCCCGUAUCUAAGAAGCACAUCCCAACACAAGCAGAGGUGUCAAGGUGGGAACACUUUGCAAAGGUUUCACUAGCUGAGCCUAACUGUGAGAUAGGUUUGAUGAUUGGCAGCAACGUACCAGAUGCCUACUCGCCUAUUGAGAUACUUGCAGGCCCUAGUGGAUCAUCAAAUGCUACAAGAACUAAGCUACAGUUACAGUUGAUAACGACGGUUAUGCAUGUUACUGGCCCAAGAGGUUUCAGUUCAUCACGCAUUAUACAUGUUAAUUACUGACCAAAGAGGUUCAGUUCAUAUAUAUGCGGGUGAUUCUAAAUAAAAUGGCAAAUGUGUGUCACUCAGCGUUUAUGUGGUGAAAUACAACAAAUAAAAACUUCAACUGACAAUUUAGGACUUGUAUACGUUUGUUGAUUUGAUUUCGUUAAUAAAAUCGCUUAUAUAAACAUAAUUUCCCUGCCCGUUUCCAAAAAAAUAGAACAUUUGGCGACAGAAUCAUAUUUUCCGCCAUGUCACUUUCCCUGCUUACAU